AUGCAUAAGGUCGAUUUGGCGAUCGCAUGGAAUUUUGAACGAACAGUAUUGGGUGCGUAUCGCUGGUUGUCGGACAAUUAUGAGCGUGGGGACUGUAUAUUUCUUUUCGGGUUUUCUCGUGGCGCAUUCCAAGUCCGCGUAGUCGCGGCAAUGAUCGACAAGGUCGGCCUGAUCCAUAAGGGAAAUGAGAUGCAGAUCCCAUUUGCAUAUGAGCUAUAUGCAGACCCGAAAAGUGAUGAUAAGGAAUCAAGUUCAGUGACUGAAGCUGGAUCGUCGAAGUCAGGGGACCUCAAGACCAGCGCCGCCGAGCGUUUCAAGCUGACCUUCUCAAAUGAGGUACAGGUGCAUUUCAUUGGUGUCUGGGAUACUGUCUCGUCCAUCGGAAUUGCACGCGGAAAGAAGAUGCUCCCUCGGACAGUCGACGGGAUGAAACACGUCUGCUUCUUCCGUCAUGCACUGGCGCUCGACGAGCGACGGGUCAAGUUCUUGCCCGAGUACGCUUAUGGAGGUUCGGCCAGUGGUGCAAAACCUGAUGACAAGAAUCCUCCAAGUCUUGACCAUGGAUCCUCGGAAAAGUGCGAUAAUCCAUCCACGAAGAAUGAGGGCGCAACUACCAAAGAUAUAUCCCCAAGUGAUAGGGUUGACCGCUCGCAGGGCAUGAACAAGCUACAUCCACAAAUCCUGGAAGUCUGGUUUGCGGGAACGCACUCGGAUAUAGGAGGCGGAAAUGUGGAGAACCGCGGGAUGGAUCGUAGUAGACCUCCUCUGAGGUGGAUGGUGCUUGAAGCGAGGGCGCUCGGUCUUCGCACAAAACCAUUCGAGCGUGAGCUCUCUCGUCACGAGCAGAUCAAUGUUAUGGAAUCUUUGAUGGGGGUCUGGUGGGAAAAAUAA